AUACAUAUAAAAAACGUAGUGUUGCUAGCCCUGCUGUUAUUUUCUCCUCCCUAUAUAUCAACCCCGUCAUCAUGAUCUUCUCCCCUACCCCGAGAUCUUCCUUUCUCACUCCAUGUAUAGCUCUCUCUUAUUCUGUCUGGCUGGCCUGCCCGUCUCUCUUUCCCUCGGCCAUGAAUGAUUGAUAUCCAGUCCUGCUGAAAAUUUACUCAGUGAUCAAAGACGUGUUUUUAGAUGUUCCAUUUCUUCAAGAACGGUGCUGACACCCAAAACUUGUAGUAAGAUAGUCUUAUCCCAGAUCUUAGAUCUUUAGCACCAUAAACGCACAUCCUCUUAUCAACUCCAUCAUCCCGGCCUUCUGCUUUAUCUCACUCUUUCUAUUUUAAACUUAUUUCCUAAGAACUUGUUUGACCCCAAGAAACCUACCUCUCAUAACCAAAAAAAAAAAAAAAAAGGAAACCCUUGUCUACCCAGAAUAUUAGGAAAAUAAAAACCUAAUCUCACUACCAGAACUUGAAGAUCCAAGAAAACAGAAACACUUUCAUAUGGAUUCACUUCACGAAUUUGGCACCUCGAACACAGACGACGGCCCGAGCAUCAACUUCAGCACCAAUACCAUCAUCACAAACGUCCCAACUACCCCCACAAGCAACACCGUAGGAUCAUCCUCGUCUUCCUCGCCAUCCUCAACCCUCAGCCGCUACGAGAACCAGAAGCGCCGUGACUGGAACACCUUCGGCCAGUACCUCCGGAACCAUCGCCCACCGCUCUCUCUCUCCCGCUGCAGCGGGGCUCAUGUGCUUGAAUUCCUCAGGUACUUGGACCAGUUCGGGAAGACCAAGGUCCACACCCAGCUCUGUCCCUUCUUUGGCCACCCAAACCCACCUGCGCCUUGUCCAUGCCCACUCCGCCAAGCCUGGGGGUCCCUCGACGCCCUCAUCGGCCGCCUCCGGGCCGCCUUUGAAGAGCACGGUGGCAAACCCGAGGCGAACCCGUUUGGAGCUCGAGCGGUGAGGCUCUAUCUACGUGAGGUUCGUGAUUCGCAGUCCAAGGCAAGGGGCAUUAGCUACGAGAAGAAGAAGCGCAAGCGCCCCCCGCAGCCGCCAACUGCAUUGCCACCUCCUCCGAAUGCGAGCCAGUAAGAUCAAACAAUUCUGCAUGACACCAUGUUGAUGGGAAAUCGCAUUAUCUCGUAGUAGAGUUCGAGAGCCCUUACCUUUCAUUAGUCUUUAAUAAGUAUUUCUAAUCUUUUAUAUUACAUUCCCUAUGUAGUACAGUUAUCUUUAUGUCCUUGUUUCUGAAACUACGCUUAAAUUGGUGGGUAUUGAAUUAUUGCUA